UCCAGGCGCGAACUUCCGCUACCGGGUGUGAAGCCCAGUGGAGGUUUCCCGAAAGAGGGUCCGUUCUUUUCCCUUUCCGUCCCCUUCCUCCCUCCCUCCCUCCUUUCCUUUUUCUGCUUUGUUUUGUUGUUGUUUUCUCCUGGGAAACCUGACCCUUCGUCGCUGAGAUGAGGCCCGACGUCCGGCCUGGCGCCUUCAUCGUCUCGUCACGGCUUUGAAGACAGCAGAGGAAGACAGACAGACCUUCUGCGCAUUGGAGCAGUUUUCAAAAUACGCUCAUCCAUGGAAGAGGCACAAGAUCUAACUGAACAGCCUAUGAAAAAAGCCAAGAUGCAGGAAUCGCGUGAGCAGCUGUUAAGACAAGUAAACAGCACUGACAGUAGUGAUCAGAAACCUGGAUCUUCGAAUGCUGGUUCAAACCUGUCCAUGUCCAAUGAAAUUAUAGCAUGCACUGACUACAUGCCAAGAUCAUCGAAUGAAUAUACCUCACAGAUGUAUACUACAAAGGCAUAUACACAUGUUAUUUCUGUACCCGUAUCUGAAACGAUGGCCUCAUAUUCUGGUCAGACUCAAUACCAAGCACUACAGCAGGCACAGACUUAUGCUGUGUAUCCUCAGACAACCCAAGCCUAUGGACUACCUCCUUUUGGUGCACUGUGGCCAGGUAUGAAACCCGAGAGUGGUUUAAUUCAGUCUCCAUCUCCAAGUCAGCACAGUGUUCUCACCUGCACUACAGGGUUAACCACAAGCCAGUCCAGUCCAGCACAUUAUUCUUAUUCCAUACAAGCUCCAAGUACCAGUGCCAACUCAGUUGCCUCCUCCUCAGCUUCAGUCAACAUUUCAGCAUCAGCAGUAGCCAGCAUUUCUCAACAGGAGUAUCCUACAUACACGAUCAUUGGUCAGGGUCAAUACCAGCCAUAUUACCCAAGUUCAGCCUUUGGCGUGAUAACACCAGCAGACGGCAGCACAGCGAGUGCCACAUUGACACCGACCACAUACCCUUCUGAAAAACCAAAUGCCAUGGUGCCUACUCAGACAGCGCAAAGUCAUUCCUCUGGAGAACCAUCGUUUGCAAAAGCUACAGGAAGUAAGGACACAGAUGAACAGUACAGAAAAAAUGUGCCUGGGAAAAAUAGAGGAAAGAGGAAAGCAGACCCUGCUUCACCACAGGACAAUGAACUUGAACGAGUAUUUCUGUGGGACUUGGAUGAGACCAUCAUAAUAUUUCAUUCUCUUCUCACAGGAGCAUAUGCCCAGAAGUAUGGGAAGGAUCCAAAUCAAGUGAUUGGCUCUGGAUUGACUAUGGAAGAAAUGAUUUUUGAAGUUGCUGACACACACUUAUUUUUCAAUGACUUAGAGGAGUGUGACCAGGUUCAUGUGGAAGAUGUUGCAUCAGAUGACAAUGGGCAAGAUUUAAGCAAUUACAAUUUUUCCACGGAUGGCUUCAGUGGCGCAGGAAACAAUGCCGGUCAUAGUUCAACAGGUGUCCAGGGUGGAGUGGAUUGGAUGAGGAAGUUGGCUUUCCGCUACCGGAAGGUGCGUGAGGUAUAUGACAAAUACAGAAGCAACGUAUCAGCCCUCCUGAGCCCAGAGAAGAAGGAAACUUUUCAGAGAUUGAGAGAUGACAUAGAGAUGUUAACAGAUUCCUGGUUGGGAUCAGCAUUAAAAUCCCUACUGCUCAUUCAAUCCAGAAAGAAUUGUGUGAAUGUUCUCAUAACAACCACUCAGCUGGUGCCAGCUCUGGCCAAAGUCCUGCUGUAUGGACUAGGUGAAGUGUUCCCCAUUGAAAAUAUUUAUAGUGCAACAAAAAUAGGCAAAGAGAGCUGUUUUGAAAGGAUUGUUUCUCGAUUUGGGAAGAAAGUCACAUAUGUGGUGAUUGGUGACGGACGCGAUGAAGAGAUGGCAGCCAAGCAGCACAACAUGCCAUUUUGGAGAAUUGCGGAACAUGCUGAUCUGGUGUCCCUCCACCAGGCCCUCGAACUGGACUUUCUGUGAAGAGCUGAGGGAAAGGCAGAUUAUCACAGCUCCCCAAUGACCCACUUGAUCCUUUUUGUGGGACUUCCUUUUUUGUCCAGACACGAGAAUUGUACUGACAGAAGUAUAUAGCAGAAGGCACUACAUCGCACUUCCAGGAGAACUGCCGAAGAGCCUUGAUAAGUCAUUCAGGUGCUCCAGUUAUGUCCUCUGGGCUUUGGAGAAGGUGAUUUUUUUUGAGAUUCAACAUAGCAUCACAGGUAGAAUAAUCUCCAGCAAGAAAGACCUCUCUCACUGUGCAGCCAUUUAUGGAAUUAUUGUCAAAGUGGGGGAGAGCAGUACAUUUUUGUAGCGUAAUGUCACCUUUACAUCUCUCUCGAGCUUUCAAAUAUAGAAGGAAAUAAAUUAGUGGGUUGUUGUUGUUUUUUCCCAGAGCAGGAUCCAGGGAGACCUUGCUUAUUUUUGCAAAGCCAUAAAAAAAAAUUCCGAUUUUUAGGAAAACGUGGCAAAAUCUGUCAGUCUGUGGGACGCUGAAUAUACCCAGUUUUUGAUCUUUGACAACAAGGGGGGGGGGGGUGGCUGUUUUGUGUGCCUUGUAAGACUUUCUCUCAAGCUUCUCAUUUCACCAACUCCUUCAGGAGGUUGCAGAAGAGCAUUUCAAUACCAAAUGACUUGAAAAGGAAAAAGAGUGUGUUGCCUAAUGGCAUCCUGAUUUCAUCCUCCUUUUCACUAGCAUGCUUGCAUAAGUCAAGGAGAAAUAAAAGCCCCUCUCUUAAGACACAACAUAACAUUUUGGCAUUUUUAUUUUUAUUUUUUUCGUGUCAGGAGCGACUUGAGAAACUGCAAGUCGCUUCUGAUGUGAGAGAAUUGGCCAUCUGCAAGGACAUUGCCCAGGGGAUGCCUGGAUGUUUUGAUGUUUUACCAUCCUUGUGGGAGGCUUCUCUCAUGUCCCCGCAUGGGGAGCUGGAGCUGACAGAGGGAGCUCAUCUGCGCUCUCCCCAGAUUCAAACCUGCGACCUGUCGGUCUUCAGUCCUGCUGGCACAAGGGUUUAACCCACUGCACCACUGGAGGCAUUUCAGCAUGGAAUGGUUAGCAAACCCUGCCAUGGUAUGCUGACUUCCCAAGCAAUGUCUUAGUUUGUUGUUGAAGGCUUUCAUGGCCAGAAUCACUGGGUUGCUGUGAGUUUUCUGGGCUGUAUGUGGGCCAGGGUUCAGGAGAGAAUGCUUCUGGAAUAUGGCCAUACAGGCUGGAAAACUCACAGCAACCCAUUGUCUUGGUUGAUACAUCCCAUAUUUCUGCUGAAAUUCUAUAUUUUGAAGUAGGGUUUCAGACCUGUAUAAUGGACCCAGAAUAUGAUUCUACUGUUCAGCAAGCGAAAAGAGGCAGUUCAAAUUAUACUUUUUGUUAGACUAGUGUUUGGACCUGUCACUGUGGCAGGUUCAACCACUGACCUAGUGGAAAGGGGAAGCAGGCAUUACUCUUCUCACUUCCACAAAACAGAUAGGUUGUUGUAGGUUUUUCGGUUUGUAUGGCCAUGUUCUAGAAGCAUUUUCUCCUGACAUUUUGUUUGCAUCAGUGACAAGCAUCCUCAGAGGUUCUGAGGAUGCUUGUCACAGAUGCAGGCGAAGCAUCAGGAGAGAAUGCUUCUAGGACAUGGCCAUGCAUCCCAAAAAACCUACAACAACCCAGUGAUUCCAGCCAUGAAAGCCUUCAACAAUACACAAUACAGAUAGCAUGCUAAAAAAAGUAGGUAGGUGGUGGGGGUGUCCUAAUCUUCAAAGAACACAUCUGAAGUUUCGGCUUGCCAUAAUAAUUUACUUUUUGGCUUGGGCACGAAGGAAUCUAAGAUAUCAGUCCCAGCUAAUACGUGAUAACUCUCAAGAAAGGCUAUCAUGUCAUUUAGAUCAUACUUUUUGAAGUAACUUUUCUAAGUUCACAUAUAAACACAUGCUGUGAUACCCAGCCUCAUUUGCUCCUGAUUAUUUAGUUAUUUGCUUCAAACGUUUUGAUGGGGUGGCAGUAUAGCAAUGUAUUUUUUUCAUGGGGGCAUAGCAUGUGCUGGAGACCUGGAUUCUGGACAGAGAUGUGCACCAAAGAGGGGAGAAAUUGCCUUUUUCAUGUACAGAGAACCACAAAACUGCCUUGUUUCCUGAUAUUUUCACAGUCACCACCUCUUACAGGUUCACUGAAAGCACUCUGUUGCUCUUUCUCUGGAUUCUCCCUCUUUGCGACAUGCUGUGCUUCACUUCGGAGUCAACUCUGUGCCUUAACUUCCAUCCUAAGUUUCGGCCUGGAAAUGUCACAGGCUGUGGAGAGAGCGGUUGUCAAUCCCUUUUCAAAGUUAACUUUAAUUAUGCAUUUAUUUCUCUAAUGUUUUCAGUAAGCAUAGCCAGUGGAGGUGGAAGCUGACCAGUGUUGCCCUGAACUUGACUUAAAGAGAAACUGUUUUUGGAAACACCAUUGGCCCUAUUUGUGAAGAGUAGUUUUUUUUGUUGUCCUCAGAUAUCAAUAUUUAUAUGCUGUCUUUUUUCUGAUGUAUGUAAUUUUUGCCUCAGAUCCUCAGGUGAUGGUACUUUUGUUCCUGUUGACUUUAAUAAAGGAUGCCCUGGCUCUUUUAUCACUGAUUUUAUUUUUCUGGCUGCCUCUCUUAGGUUUUCAUAAAGAAUUUGGAAAUUAGUAGAGCUUUUGCCUCCUGCUCUUGGUUGCUGUGUUAAUUACCAUUCAUCAGCUUGAUUUAUUCGAAUGCAGGCAUGGGCAAACUUUGGCUCUCCAGGUGUUUUGCACUUCAACUCCCACAAUUCCUAACAGCCUACCGGCUGUUUGGAAUUGUGGGAGUUGAAGUCCAAAAAACCUGGAGGGCCGAAGUUUGCCCAUGCCUGUUCUAAUGCAUAGUCAGCUCUCUGCAUCCCUUAACAAGGUGGGAUGAAGGUCUGGACUUUUCAAUGAUGAAUGAGUCUGUGGUUUUCAUCAUAGCUUUGAAUUAUUAAAGGUUCCAUCGAGCAGCAGAGGCAGAGGCUGCGAUAUGUUGGCUGAUAUGGAAUAUAAAUGCUUGUUCUCCAUCACGUUCCUGCCAGCAUCCAGAAUGGGUGUUAGCUGUUUUAGUGGUUUUUAUUGGAGGGCAUUAAUGGCUUUAGAUCCCUUGAGCAUCAUGUUCUGUGUUAAUGGAAAUUGUCCUGUGAACUGGAAAAAAAAUAAAGUCUUUUAUUUUCUAUUGAAGAAAUCAAAA